AUGAAUAAGAAGUUUGACAAUAUUACAGAUAUGGUGAAUAUAGUAAAUACAGUAGAUGUGAUGGAUGCAGUAGAUGUGAUGGAUAUAAUGAAUAUAACAGAUACAAUAGAUACGAUAGAUGCAUUAGAACUGUUUGUUGUUCAUGGAGUACAGAUAGGUGGUGGCAGCAAGGAUGCCUAUAGAAAGUUAACAUUUGAAUUAAGAAGAGUAAAAACUAUCUUGAAGUCACAAAUUUUCAUAAUCAAUAUGUUAGCCAUGAGCUUCAUAUUCGUUGCCAAGGUGAAUGCUACUAUACAUAAGUUUCAUCAUGAAUUAACAUUAGAUGAAGAAGAUACAGGAUUAUUAUUAAGAAGACUCUAUGAUAAAAAGAUUGAAGAUCCACAAUAG